AAUUGGAAACAUGUCAAAGACAUCAGUUGCACACGUUAUUCAAGAACAGAAUAGGACAGGGGAUGUUCUUAUUAAUGAGAAUGUAGACUUUUCGGGAUUGCUUUUGUCAGCAAAUGUUUUAGACGGGCUCCAAAAGGCAGGCUUUCAGCGCCCAUCGCCUAUACAACUAAAAGCAAUACCACUUGGACGAUGUGGUUUAGAUCUGAUUGUACAGGCAAAGUCAGGUACUGGAAAAACUUGUGUAUUUUCUGUUAUUGCUCUAGAAGGACUGCAGACUGAAAGUUAUGCAUUGCAGGUGCUUGUUCUGGCCCCCACUAGAGAGAUUGCCAUACAGAUCUGGGAUGUGAUCUGUUACAUAGGACAGUGUACUCCUACACUGAAGUGCCACACCUUUAUUGGUGGGAUGCCUGUCACUGAAGAUAAACAGAAACUCAAAAAGUGUCACAUUGCUUUAGGGACACCAGGUAGAAUAAAACAGCUGAUAGAGAUGGGUAUCAUGAAAACGGACAGUAUUCGUAUGUUUGUACUGGAUGAAGCUGAUAAACUACUGGAAGAAAGCUUUCAAGAACAGAUCAACUGGAUCUACUCUGCACUCCCAGAGAACAAACAGAUGCUAGCCUUGUCGGCCACUUACCCAGAAUACCUGGCACAGCACCUCACCAGUUAUAUGAGGAACCCCACAUUUCUGAGGCUCAAUAUCUCUGAUCCGGCAUUGCUUGGGAUUAAACAGUUCAGAAAAGUGGUGGCCUACCAUGCUUUACCUAACAAAGUGUUUGACAAUAAAACCAAAGUAGUGAUAGAGUUACUGUCCUCUGUAAAUUUUCAACAGUGUCUUAUCUUCUCAAACCUCCAAACAAGGGCCCAAAAUAUGGCAGAUGCCUUGAUCAGUCAUGGUUGGCCAACAGCAUAUAUAGCAGGAAGUCACGAUCAGAAGGACAGAAAUGAGGCUAUGAGUCAGCUAAAGACGUACAAAUGUCGAGUUCUCAUCUCCACUGAUUUAACAUCAAGAGGAAUUGAUGCAGAUAAGGUGAAUAUGGUGAUCAAUCUUGAUGUUCCAAAGGAUCAUGAAACUUAUCUACACAGGAUUGGGAGAGCUGGCCGAUUUGGGACUUUUGGUGCAGCAGUGACUAUUGUAAGCCAUGGGCAAGAGGAAAAGGAGUUGAACAAAGUGGAAAAGAAAUGUAAUACACACAUCAAGGACCUACCAGAUCCCAUUCCCAGUACACUGACAAAGAGUGAGGGGACAUUUAACCUUGAUGAUAUGGUGUCAACAGAACAGAUAAUCACAGAUCACACACGAAUAUCACCAAAGAAGGUAGAUGUCACAGAAAAUCAAAACAGCUUAAAAGAAAAUUCAAAGCAACAGAGCAUUUCAAAAAGGCAUUCACAGAAAAAUGCAGGAAGAAAAUAUUUUCAGAUUUUGGAAUCUGAGUUUGAGCAGAAAGGUUGGAGAGAUAAGAAGAAGAUGCCUGUAAGUUCAGAUGUAAAGUCAGAAAAAGGAACUGAGAAUUCUGCUCUGCCAAAUGAGUUAAGAAACGAACUGGGAUUUCUAUCACCAAAUGAGAGGGGUGAUAUUAAGGAAAGUGUUUUUGAGUCCAGAUGUGGUCCUUUCCAAGGUAAUGUAUUGCACGAGGAGGAUAGUUCUAAUGUUGUUCAACAAAGCUCUGUUAAUGAAAGGAAAAUGAAAGAAGGAUUAGAGGCAUUUACUAAACCUGCAGAAAUUUGUGAAGAAAGUGAAAAGCCAAAGAGAACAACUCCAAAUAAAAAAGAUAAAGACAAGGUGACAAGAAUACAUAUACCACAACUUGAACAUUUUUUGUGCCAUAAUGAUAAAGGAAUUUCCAAAACAUAUGAGGAGAAGGAAAGAGAAUACAAAAAAUAUCUUCAAGAGAAAGAAACAUCAUCUGAGAGAGGAGAAAUAAUAGUUAAACCAACUCCUUUUGUUUGGAAGGAAGGAGAAAAAGAACAUUUGCUAUCAAUGAUAGACAAAAUUCUUAAUUUAGAUGACCACAAGGAAUAUUCAGAAGAAGAUGAGCAGGAAAAUAGAAAAGACAGUACAACCUCAGCAACUCAAACAGAGGAGUUUGAUUUCCUUCCAAACAUGGAUUGGGGAUAUGCAUUCCAUGGACAAAAGCAGAUGAGGGAAGGCGAUGGGAAGAGUAAAUCAAAGCAGAGGGAUGUGUCAAAGAAUAUUGAAAAGAAUUCUCUACCAAAAAUGUGGUCAAAAUUUAUAAACACUGAAAAAAAGGAUUUUGAACAAAUUCAGUAUCAAUACUAUACAGAUGAGGGGGAGUAUGAACAAGAACAUGGACAUGAUUUUAGAGAUGGUGAAUUGCAGUUGGAUGAGGAGGAAAAUUUCGAGGAUGAGGAAAAUUAUGAUUAUUAUGAUCAGUGUGAGGAAGAUUAUAUUUCUGAUGAACAAUCUGAGGAUGAUGAAGAAGCUUAUGAAGAGCCAAAUUGUCCUCCUCCAGGUUCUGAUUGGAACAAUUCAUGGUCCCCCAAUAUGUACCCACCUCCGUAUUUCUAUAAUUAUCCAUAUUUUUGCAUGCCAUAUGCUUCUCAUCCACAGGUGACCCAUGAACAAAAGGCAUACUUGUUUAAUUGUCAUUUAUCUUUAGCACAACAACAGCAACACCAUUAUGUUUCAGCCAUGCUAGAACAUUUUCACCAAAGUAAUGCAUGAAUUAAAAAGUUUCAU